AUGGCUGAGUCUGCGAACCAAACGGAGGGGGUGAUAGUAUGCUAUGCUCCAACGAUGAUCACAACCAACGGGAUUUGGCAAGGCGAUAACCCUCUCGACUAUUCCCUGCCCCUCUUCGUCUUGCAGCUAACCCUCGUCGUUGUCACCACCCGUAUCCUCGUCUUCGCCCUCAAGCCCCUCCGACAGCCCCAUGUCAUCUCCGAAAUUCUUGGCGGGAUAAUCUUGGGGCCGUCCGUGCUGGGAAGGAACAAGAAGUUCGCGAGCACGAUUUUCCCCCUAAGGAGCGUGUUGGUUCUCGAAACCAUCGCAAAUGUCGGGCUUCUCUACUUCCUCUUCUUGGUUGGAGUGGAAAUGGACAUCACCUUGAUAAAACGCACCGGGAAGAAGGCUGUGGUGAUCGCGAUUGCAGGCAUGAUCCUCCCUUUUCUGAUAGGAGUGUUCUUCGCCUUCGUCCUGCAUGAGAAGUCCGGAUUUGUGAGGCUAGGGACGUUGAUACUCUUUCUUGGAGUCUCCUUGUCUGUCACCUCUUUCUCUGUCCUCGCUCGUAUCCUCGCAGAGCUUAAGCUUCUGAACUCGGAUAUGGGGAGGCUGGCCAUGUCAUCCGCUCUCAUAAACGACAUGUGUGCUUGGGUUCUGCUAGCCGUUGCCAUUGCUUUGGCUGCGAACCAGGACACGUCUCUGACUUCACUGUGGGUUAUUCUUUCGAGUUUGGUGUUUGUGGUUUUUUGUGUGUAUGUUGUGAGGCCUGUCAUCUCAUGGGUGAUACAGAGGACGCCCGAGGGCGAAUCCGUGAAUGAGGUAUACAUCUGUCUUAUACUGACCGGAGUGAUGAUCUCGGCUUUCAUCACGGAUGCCCUUGGCACACACUCUGUUUUUGGAGCUUUUGUGUUUGGGUUAGUCAUCCCAAAUGGCCCUUUCGGUAUAACUCUGAUAGAAAGGAUGGAGGAUUUCUUUACCGGACUUCUUUUACCUCUGUUUUUCGCCAUCAGCGGCCUCAAAACCGACGUCUCUUCUAUAAAAGAUUUCAGUACGUGGGCUAUUCUAGCUGCGGUUAUCGUCCUUGCUUGUGCGGGUAAAGUCGCAGGCACGCUUCUCGUCACUAUCUACUAUAAGAUCCCAUUCGACGACGGCCUCACACUUGGUCUGCUCAUGAACGCCAAAGGCCUCAUCGAGAUGAUCGUGCUCAACGUUGGAAAAGAUCAGAAGGUUCUGGACGACGAAGCGUUCGCACUUAUGGUGAUCGUGGCAACCGUCAUGACUUCAAUCAUCAGUCCAAUCGUAACAACUGUAUACAAACCCGCCAAGAAAUUCGCACCGUACAAGAGGCGGACAAUCCAACAAACCAAACAGGACGACGAGUUUCGGGUCCUCGUUUGCGUGCACACUCCGAAAAACGUCCCGACCAUAAUCAAUCUUCUCGAAGCUUCCCACCCGACCAAGAAGUCCCCGAUGUGCACGUACGUCCUCCACCUAGUCGAGCUCACCGGCCGCUCCUCCGCCAUGCUCAUCGUCCACAACGGCCAAAAAUCCUCCCGAUCCUCCGUCCACCGGACCCAGUCCGACCACAUCAUCCACGCCUUCGAAAACUUCCAACAAAACAUCGGCUUCAUCUCCAUCAAUCCAUUAACUGCAAUCUCCCCUUACUCCACAAUGAACGAGGACAUCUGCCAGGUGGCCGAGGACAAGCGCGUUGCCUUCAUCAUCAUCCCCUUCCACAAACAAAUAACGGUCGACGGAGGGCUGGAGACUGCCAACCCAGCUCUCCGGACCAUCAACCAGAACGUACUCGCCAACGCCCCCUGCUCUGUCGGGAUCCUGGUCGACCGCGGGCUAACCGGGUCGACCAGGCUGUCCGUUAACCACACCGGACAUCACGUCGCUGUGCUGUUCUUCGGUGGGCCAGAUGGCAGGGAGGCGCUGGCGUAUGCAUGGAGGAUGUCAGAGCACCCGGGGAUAAACCUCACAGUAGUGCGCUUCCUGCCCGGGGAAACCGGGCACGAGGAGGAGAAGGAGGAGGAGGAGGAUAGGGACAAAGAGAUGGAUGCAGAGAUUAUUAGCCAGAUUAGAGCGAGGGCGUCGGGGGAUGCCUCGAUUGUAUACAAGGAGAAAUUCGUGAACAAUGGACAGGAGACGGUGGCGACGAUAAGGUCGAUGGAUGCGAUUUAUGAUUUAUUUAUAGUGGGGAGGGGGGAGGGGUACACGUCGCCGCUGACGGCGGGGCUGACGGAUUGGAGCGAGUGCCCGGAGAUUGGAGGGAUUGGGGAUUUGCUGGCGUCGGCGGAUUUCGCAGCGACGUGUUCGGUGUUGGUGGUGCAGCAGUAUGUGGGGGCGGAGGUGUUAGGGGAGACGGCGGAGGCGGGUACACCGGAUAGUCCUAGUCAGCAGCUGCCUGACCGACCGUUUGAUUUGGUGCGGCGGACGUCGCCGCGGGGUCUUACACAACCGUGA